AUUUGAGUUAUUAACUACAUUGUUUAUCUAUUUUUCUUUCCACCCAGUCAAUUCCCUUGGUCUCAUUCCCAUGCACAACAUGCAGUAGUCUGACAGUAGGGCAGUGCAGGAUGCAGACUGUGCUGAGUAAUGAUGUAGUACAAUGGUACAGUAGUACAGUGGUCCAGUAGUACAGUAGUACAGUAGUACAUGGGCUCUGUGGUCCAGCAGGACAGUACUUUGGGGUUUGGGAUGCUCGAUGAUCAGUAAACAUGGCGAUAGCUCACGUUGCUACAGAAUAUGUGUUUUCGGACUUCUUGUUGAAGGAAUCCGGUGAAGGGAAAUAUAAAGGGGUGCGACUGGAGCUGGCAGCGGAUAAACUGGUGACUGUGGUCGCGGUGGGAUUACCACUUCUGCUCAUUUCUCUGGCUUUUGCUCAGGAAGUGUCUGUGGGCUCCCAGAUAAGCUGUUUUCCACCAAACAACUUCACCCUGCGCCAGGCCGCGUAUGUGGACUCAUUCUGCUGGGUAGCUGCCGGAAGCCAAAAAUCCGAGGAUGGAUCCCCCCUGUGGUUACAUAAGUUCUUUCCCUACAUCUUCCUGUUGCUGGCUGUCAUCGUGUACAUGCCCGCUCUCUUCUGGCGCUUCGCGGCCGCUCCUCAGCUCUCCUCGGACCUCAGUUUCAUCAUGGAGGAGCUGGACCGCUGCUACAAUCGCGCCAUCCGCCACGCCAAGAGCCUGGCAACAAGCAAACCUGAGAACAAGGACUCCCCUGAGGACCCUCUCAGUGGUCUAGAGAUGACGGAGGGCUGCUUUAAGCUUCCUCUAGUAGAGCAGUAUCUGAGGACCAAGUGUGGGAAACGGCCACUGGCGUGGAAGUACCUGAUCUGUCGGACCCUCACUCUGGUCACUUUGCUUCUGGACUGCCUGUACCUAGCCUACUACGUCUGGCUGGCAUCACCCAGUGACCAGUUUCCCUGUAACAUAAACACAGGUGUCCUGAAUGAGAGUGGUUUUCCUCCAGUGGCAUGUAAGCUGGUAGCUGUGAGUGUAUUCCGCCUGCUGAGCUGCAUUAACCUGGCCGUUUACCUGCUGCUCAUUCCUGCCGUCAUUAAUUCCGCCAUAUUGCCUAACCGACAGGGGCUGCAAGAUUCCCUGUUUCGCCCCUACAGGCUUCUGCCCGCCUUCAGCCACGCUCAGGGACUGAACACCAACUUCUGUCGAUACGACGACCUCAGUAUCUACCUGCUCUUCCUGGAGGAGAAUCUAAGCGAGCUGAAGAGCUAUAAGUGCCUGCAGGUAUUAGAGCUACUAACAGAGGGCGAGAGUGAAAACCUUGACACUAUGUGCCUCCUGAGGAGUCUUGGACAAGCUAGGGACGAUUUGGUGGACCGGAAGGUGGCAGCCAUAGUAGUUAGCAACAGCCAGACAGAUCUUGUAAAGGAAGAAGCGGAGUCUGAUAAACUCAAGGAUGUCUCCACUGUUCUGAUUCAGGAUGGAGCUCAGAAAGGACCCGGCUUCGACUUUGUGAAGGACGUGAGACAAAGAGCUGUCUGA